AUGGGAGCAUCGACAAAGGAAAACUCUAGUAGCAAGAGGAAACCAGCAGAUCAGGGAGAGAAGAAGUAUGGAGGCAAGUCAGGGAGGAAGCAGAAAGUCUCAAGAAACUUUAUGGUAAGAGCCCAGGAGCAAGAACCAGUGAAAACUCAAGAACAGGAAGUGCAGGAGAGAAAGCAGUACUCAGGACCGCUUCCGAAGUGCAAUAAGUGUAACUUUCAUCACAAGGGAACUUGCCCAGUGUGCCAAAACUGUCAGCAAACAGGCCAUUACUCAAAGUAUUGUAAGCUGAAUAAGGAGGGGAAAAGGGCAUGUUACGAGUGCGGGAGUACUGAUCAUCUCCGUAGAGCAUGUCCCAAACUAAACAAAGAGCCUGGUAACAAUGGACAAGGCCAAGCCAGGCAAAACUUCCAAGGAAAUCAAGUUGGACGGCCAAGAGGUGUAGCCUUUGUGAUUGGUGCAGAAGAAGCUCGUCAGAACCCUGAAGUGAUAACAGAAACGACUAUUGAAAAAGACAGUUACAUUACGCUAUUUAAAGACAUGAAAGAAAAUGAUUCUGAAAAUAGACAUGCCCAUUUCAGAAUCGGAACUAGACAAAAUUCCGAAAACAACUACUUUUACACAACAAAAAAAAUAACUUAA